AUGGACUCUUUUCAUCUUAGUUUUGUGUGGGAGUUUUAUGAAAUGAUAAGAACUGCAUUUGCCAUGGCCGUCCCCAGCAUUAGCUAUCUUCUUUUCUCCGUGCUUUUCUUUCUUAUAAUGCUGCAUGCUAAAAUGUUCUGCAUGGCAGUGUCUUCAGAGGAAGAUACAAAGCUAUAUGUUGUUUACAUGGGCAACGCUCCAUCGCAAGAUAAUGGACAUUCUUACACAACAGCUGCUGCAUUGCACCUUGAUAUGCUUGAAUCUGUGCAUGGAAGCCGGGUGGCAGCAGAGGAAUCAUUGAAAUAUAGUUAUUGGAAGAGUUUUGGUGGAUUCGCUGCUAUGAUUUUUCCAUCCCAUGUCCAACAGCUCUUAGAUAUGGAUGGUGUGGUUUCGGUGUUUGAGAGCAAGCAACUGCAAGUUUUAACGACCAGAUCAUGGGAUUUUAUUGGCUUUCCUGCAUCUGCACAAAACAGUAAUUUGGAUUAUCAAAGCGACAUCAUCAUUGGUGUUUUGGACACAGGAGUAUGGCCAGAAUCAAAGAGUUUCAAUGAUGCCGGAUUUGGUCCAGUGCCAUCCAAAUGGAGAGGUGGAUGCCAAACAACAUCAGAUUUCACGUCCUGCAACAAGAAACUAGUAGGAGCAAAGUUUUAUCGCAGUUUAUCAGGUCCAAUAUUGGAAAGGGAUUUUCUAUCUCCAAGAGAUGCAAUAGGCCAUGGAACACACACCUCUUCUACUGCUGCUGGAAAUUAUAUUAAAAAUGCUAGUCUUUAUGGAAUUGCUCAAGGAGAUGCAAGAGGUGGAGUCCCUGGUGCAAGGAUUGCUAUUUAUAAGGUUUGUUGGAUUUCUACUUUUGACGACACAUGUACCGAUGCAGACAUUCUUGCAGCAUUUGAUGAUGCCAUCUAUGAUGGUGUAGACAUCAUUUCUGUAUCACUUGGUGGAUAUACAAGUCCCAAAUACUUUGAAGAUUCCAUUGCUAUUGGAUCAUUUCAUGCAAUGAAGAGGGGAAUUUUGGUAGCAAAUUCAGCUGGAAAUACUGGACCUGACAAGGAAUCGGUUGUCAAUUAUUCUCCAUGGUCUCUAACUGUGGCUGCAAGCACCAUUGAUCGUAAAAUGGAUUCUCAACUUCUUUUAGGAAACAACAUCUCUAUAGAGGGUACUUCUUUAAACACAUAUACAAUGGAACAACCAUGGUAUCCUUUAGUAAUUGGAGCAGAUAUUUGUGAACAUUAUUCUCCAAAUAUCAUAAAUGUGAAGGGAAAUAUAGUUCUUUGCCAUUCCUCUAUAAUUGUGCCAGACCGUUUUAUUUUUUAUGCUGGUGGUGCGGGUCUCAUUUUAAUACAAGAAGGAUACGAUGAUGUAGUCUUUCCAUAUUUAAUUCCCACAACAGUGAUAACAGCUAAGCAAGCAGAAGUUGUAUUUUCUUACAUCAACUCUACUAGCUCUUCUAUUGCAAAAAUUCAAAAAACUACAACUCCCAAAGUACAAGCACCCAUUGUGGCUUCCUUUUCAUCUCGGGGUUAUAAUCCAAUCACAUUUGAUAUUCUCAAGCCAGAUAUUACGGCACCGGGUGUAAACAUUCUAGCAUCUUGGUCCAAAAAUGAUCCACUCACUCACAAUACACAAGAGACGCGAUUCCCCGAGUUCAAUAUAAUAUCUGGAACAUCCAUGUCAACUCCACACAUUGCGGGAGCAGCAGGGUUUGUUAAGUCACAUCAUAAUGAUUGGUCUGCUACUGCUAUCAAAUCAGCUCUAAUGACUACAGCAUUUGUAAUGGAUCGGACAUUGGCUGGAAAUGGAGAUGCAGAAUUUGGGUAUGGUGUUGGACAAAUUAAUCCAAUCAUGGCUAUUAAUCCAGGGCUUGUGUAUGAUGCAAUUAUAGAUGAUUACAUCAAUUUUCUUUGUAGGGAAGGUUACAAUGAUACCACAUUACGUUUAGUUACAGGAGACUUUAGUAGUUGUGACUCUAUAGAGCCAUCUAAAAAUGGAGGAAGACAACUUAACUACCCUUCAAUAAUGGUUGUCACCAUUCCCGGAGAACCUAUUCAAGCCAUAUUUCCUAGAAUGGUUACUAAUGUAGGUCUUGUAGAAAGUACAUACAAGGCUAGUGUUUCUGCACCCUCCGGAAUAGAUGUGAUAGUUGAACCAGACACAUUAUCAUUUUCUUCUCUAAACCAAAAGUUAUCAUAUAAUGUUACAAUUAAAGGUGGAUCCAUUGCAACCAACACAUUACUUUCAGGUUCAUUAACAUGGAGCUAUGCUAAUUACACUGUUAGAAGCCCAAUCGCUAUCUAUGCUAUUCCCACAUAA